AGCUGUUUUCAGUAGUGGGCCGGCGAUGGGUUAGUGAUGGUGAUGAUCUUUGAUAAAGAAGUAAGAGACAUGUAUUGAUUCUUCUUAUAAAUACCUUUUCAGUCAACUUCUCUUUGGGUCAACCAACUUUUAGGCUGCUGUCAUCAAUGGCUGUCAUUUAUGCCAUUCCCAUUAAUCGUCAAGUCAAUCAUCAUCAUAUAUCGUUGCUUUGUUGUUAUUAUAUUUAAAUAUUGUGGAAAUUUAAAUAAAUUAUGCAUAAGCACAUGACAUUGAAUAAAGUUUUACAGUGCUUGAGGUAAAGCCAUGAAGGCUCUUUCCUCAAAUAUUUCUUUCUAUGAUUUUUACAUAAAAUGGUGAUAUUCGAUAAAAGAGAAGAAAAAGCAGAAACUUACUCCUACGAGCUGCAACUCAGUCAUAAUCGAUAUUUAGACUCGCUCAAAUAUGAAUUUACAAACCGAUACAAUGAAGUUAGCAAGUACGACAAGUCUGUCGAAGACUUUGAUCUCGUGAGAGUUUUAGGGGUUGGAGCUUUUGGAACUGUGUUCUUGAUUCGUGAUAAAAACACGUUUGAAUAUUUUGCGAUGAAGGCGCUAGAAAAAGCUAAAGUUGUGAAGCACAAAAACGUUAAACAGUUAUAUGCAGAAAAAAAAAUUCUACAGAGUGUAACGUUUCCAUUUCUUUUAUCUUUAAACGUUUGUUGCAAGGACAAUCUCUACAUUUAUCUUGUUCUGCCCUUUGAAGCCGGUGGUGAACUAUUUACGUUAGUUAGAAGAAUGGGUCAUCUUUCAGAGCCAUUAGCCCAAUUUUAUACGGCUCAGGUUGUUUUAGCUUUAGAGUACUUACAUCAUUGUUCCAUAGUGCACAGAGAUUUAAAACCAGAAAAUAUAUUGCUUAACGAGUCUGGAUACAUUAAACUCGGUGAUUUCGGUUUCGGGAAAAUAAUAAAAAAUCGAACUUGGACGAUAUGUGGCACUCCGGAAUAUAUAGCUCCAGAGAUUAUUUUGUCUAAAGGAUAUACUUACUCUGUAGAUUGGUGGUCGUUCGGUGUUCUUAUUUACGAAAUCAUCGCUGGUCACCCGCCGUUUUAUCAUUCUGAAACCAUGAAGCUCUACGAAAAGAUUUUAGUGGGCAAGUACAAAAGUCCGGAUUGUAUGACUCCGGCUUGUAAGUCUUUGAUAAGACAUCUGUUAGACGUAGACCCGACUAAGCGCUACGGCUCCCUCAAGGCAGGUGUAUUUGAUAUUAAAAGCCACGCUUGGUUUAGUGAAAUAAACUGGCAGAAUAUAUUGCAUCAAAAAGUAUUUCCACCAUUUGUACCGAUUUGUAAAAAUCCUGGUGACGCAGUAAACUUUCCAGAGAUGGGUGAAGCGAAACUAAAGAAAGCGUCGAAAUGUGCAUUUGAGAAAGAAUUCGAGCACUUUUAAGUAUAUUUUUAGCUGAAUUUUAUUAUGAAUAAAUUUAAUUCACACAUAUUUGUUUUAUUUAUAUUUGUACAUUCAAUGACUUGUUCAUUAAUUAAAUACUAUGC